CUUAUCAAAGCGAAAGGGUUAGCGUGCGCACGCAUGCGCGUUAUCAAGCGUUCAGCUUGAAUGAAUGGCAUGACAACAAAGCUACCAUGUCCAAGUGCAAAAGUUUAAUCUGGCCCAAAGUGAUUUUGUUCGGGGAUUCUAUCACUCAGGGUUCCUUCCAAGCCAACGGAUGGGGUUCGGCUAUCGCCGAUAAAUUAGCAAGGAAGUGUGACGUCUUAAACAGAGGACUGUCGGGCUACAACUCGCGAUGGGGAAGGAUUGUUCUUCCCAGGAUGGUGAAUGAAGAAGAGGCAGGAAACAUUGCUGCAGUGACUGUCUUCUUUGGAGCCAACGACUGCGCCUUGCAAGAUAAGAACUCUCAGCAGCACGUGCCACUGGACGAGUACUCGGAAAACCUGAAGGCCAUCAGCAAGUACCUGACCGCAGCGGGGGUCCCGGCCGGGAAGGUCAUCUUCAUCACGCCGCCACCUAUCCACGAAGCAGCUUGGGAAAAAGAGUGCAAGCUAAAAGGUUGUCCUCUCAACCGUCUAAACUCGGUGGCGGGCCAGUACGCUCAGGCGUGCGUCCAGGCAGCUUCUCACUGCGGCGCUGAUGUCCUGGACUUGUGGACGCUCAUGCAGAAGGAUGGACAGCAACGAACAGCCGGGCAGCACGGUCGGAGCACUGGCGGCAUGAUGCCAGGCGGCGCGCCGACCGAACAAAACAACCGAGAGGACGCCUGGGAGGCCAGGCGCUGGACGACAGAGCAAAACGAGUGGGACCCCCAGUGCCGAGCAGACCCCGCAGGAACGCAGAAAUAAUCCAUUUUUGUGAGACAGACAACGAUGAGGGAAAAGUUUACACGGCUGACGUGGCAACAACGGCGUCAUCUCGGCGACAAACUGUCCUCUCUCAGUAGUCAUGUGUAAACAAAUUGUUACUUUGCUAUCAAAAUCUCCACUAGUCUGGUUGUUCAUGGUAUUUUGUAAAAGGAAAACAUUCAGAUGUUUGGGAUGUAACUAAUGCAAAAAAUAGCUUUGUUAAAAUCAGUUAUGUUUGAAAUGUAUGCGUUUACAAAAAGCUAAUUUUCUCAGUUUUUUCAUCAGAAAUUGGAAAAUUGCUCAAACUAAGCUAUUUUCUAAUGCUGAUUUCUAAAGAAUGGACAAAGAUAUGAACUUACUUUUUUCCUGCUGAAAGAAAAGAGUCUAAUCUUUCUUUUGGUGGGUUCCAUGUUAAUAUAGCAAUAGAACAGAAUUUUCUGUGGGCCUUGCAAAAUCAGUCAAAAUCCAGAAAAAUGGCCGGGAGCAAAGGGCCUUGCUCUGGUGAAAAUGGCUGGGAGUGAAUGAGUUAAAAGGUGACACUUCAAACAUGAAAAAUCGCUGCUUAACAGCAUUUACAAAUGAAGAAAAUGAAAAAAAAAAAUGAUUACUGACAUCACAUGCAAUGACAAAAAGCUGUUUUUGCCGAGUGUAAAGCUUAUGGUUAGCGGUUUAGCGAACUUACUUCCAGUGAACAUUUCAAAAUGAAAGCACGUCAUGUUCGUCAUAUAAAUAAUGAUUUCUGGAGUUAAUCCCACAUACUUCAGAAUUCAGAUUCUACACAAUGAAUACCUUUAAAUUGACACGCUUUAUGGAAAAUCUGAUUGGCAAUGAAUAAUUAUAAUAUUAUAUAUAUUCUAUAAUAUUAAUGCUAUAUAUUUUUUUAAGAAUUGUUUUGAAUCAUGUUGGAAGUCGGUGUUCUGAAUCUGUUUAAAUUCUUUUGCACUAGUUAAUGCUAUCAGCAUUUGACCUCAUUGUUUGCGAUUUAGUGUUGUUAUGUGCGUGUUUAUUUGUACUUAAAUAAAGAAUUUAAGUGUUCCAAAACAUUUUUGUGAAUUAAUAAGCACCAUCAAAAAUUUCGUUGCUAACAGUAAAAAAAAAAAUUAGUCCAUUCAUCGCAAAAUAGUCAGCUGACUAGUCUGGAGAAAAUUAGUCGUUCGGGGCAGCCUUAGUAGUACAGCGACCCGAACAGAUUUCCUCCACUGCCCUCACAACUUUUUAACCCCUGACCAAUUUUCAUGCCUGUUCAUAUUUGGGUCUUAAAAUUUAUGAUCUAUAACCUCUCUCUCAUUUGUCCUCAAAAGUGUAAUUUGUCAUUUUGAUUAAGUAACGUAGCCUAAAUACAUAAAUUGGGCAGAGGAACCAAUCAUUGUGAAUGCAACACAGUUUAUUUUGAAAGUGUUUGCAUUUAGUUGUAUCGAUUUGGGUGGAUACAUUACUCUAGUGGCAACAGUGACGAGACAUAACUCUUAUAACAUGGCUGAAUCCAGUGGCUCCCUGUUAAGAACAACAUAAGGUUGUAGGGUUUUAAGCUAAUAUGAUCGUUUAUGCAUUCAUAAUUUAGUUUAGAGGUAUAUUUUGUAGUUUUUUUUUGUGGGAAUAUAUGUUUGAAUGAUUUAAGAGCAUUGUAAAAAAACAAAAAAAAAAUGUUUGCAAUUCAUAGCAUUUAAGCUAGCGGACAUUUGCUAUAGAAGUCAGCCAAUUGUUCUUACGUUACACUUCGAUCCUCAUUUAUUAAUUCAUAAAUUAACUAAGCUCAUGUAUUUUAUUUUGAAAUGCAUUUAUUGCUCUCGUGAAAUGAAAGUGCAACUCUGCAUAGUUUGAAAACACCUGGGAAUUUCGUAUUCACAUUUAAUGCACUUUUUAAAAUUCAAGCUUAGCAAGCCUUGGUUUUACAUCUCCUAAAAUUUAUUCUGCAACGUGUUUAAGACUGUAGCUAUCGAUUAUUUUAAUAGUCGAUUAUUUGGAUAAGGAACAUAAAAGAAUAAAAUACCUGGGCUUAGCCUCAAAUGGUAUAAAA